UCCCGCCCUCCCGCGCGGGCCGGGGCCGGGGCCCGCGCCUGCGAGGCCGCUCCCGCAGCGGGCCGGGCCGGGGAGCGGGCGCGGGGCCGCGGCGCGGCUCUUUGUGCGCCGGGCUGAGGAGCGGCGGGACGCGGGCCAGGCCGCCUCCCGCUCGCCGCCGUUGAGCUCCGGGCCUGAGGCCGAGGAGGGGCCGCGGGGCUGCGUCGGGGCCCCGCUCUCGACGGCUUCCCGGGCCGGCUCCAUUUUGUGCGGGGAGCCGGCGGAGGGGCGGGAGACGCGGCGCGGGCCCUGGCCCCGUAGCCCCGGCCGCGGCGCGGGCCCCCGGGGGCGCCCCCCUCCCGCCCGCGGGGCUGUGGCGGGGCCCGGCGCUUUGUCUCCCCGCACAUCCCGAGGGCCGCGCGGCGGGCAGGAGGCAGGCGUUGGGCGCGGGGGCCAGGGCGGCCGGGCGAGUCAGGGGAUGCGCUCUGGGGGCGGCCUCCCGGCACUCGCAGGGCUGACAGGUCGCUCGGACCGGGCCGUGGGGCUGGGGCCACCCAGGCACCUGCGUGGGGAGGAAGGCAUGGCUUUGGCUUCCCCGCAGUUUGGUUUGCGCGUAAAGAAUGCAGCCAUCUGGCGGCUUGCGGUCCCAGGACUUGCCCCGAAGGUUGAAAUCACAAAGAUUAGACACCUUUUUAGACAGGUGUUCUUCAGCACCACUGACAACACGGUUCUGACAGUAUUUCAUGACAAUGGAUGGUGACAGUUCUACAACAGAUGCUUCUCAACUAGGAAUCUCUGCAGACUAUAUUGGAGGAAGUCAUUAUGUUAUACAGCCUCAUGAUGAUACUGAGGACAGCAUGAAUGAUCAUGAGGACACAAAUGGUUCAAAAGAAAGUUUCAGAGAACAAGAUAUAUAUCUUCCAAUAGCAAAUGUGGCUAGGAUAAUGAAAAAUGCCAUACCUCAAACAGGAAAGAUUGCAAAAGAUGCCAAAGAAUGUGUUCAAGAGUGUGUGAGUGAGUUCAUCAGCUUUAUAACAUCUGAGGCAAGCGAAAGGUGCCAUCAAGAGAAACGGAAAACAAUCAAUGGAGAAGAUAUUCUCUUUGCUAUGUCUACCUUAGGCUUUGACAGUUAUGUGGAACCUCUGAAAUUAUACCUUCAGAAAUUCAGAGAGGCUAUGAAAGGAGAAAAGGGAAUUGGUGGAGCAGUCACAGCUACAGAUGGACUAAGUGAAGAGCUUACAGAGGAGGCAUUUACUAACCAGUUACCAGCUGGCUUAAUAACCACAGAUGGUCAACAACAAAAUGUUAUGGUUUACACAACAUCAUAUCAACAGAUUUCUGGUGUUCAGCAAAUUCAGUUUUCAUGAUCUGAAGAAAUGAUGGAAUGGAAAGUGUAGAGAAAUGAGAGUCUGUAUGAUUCUGGAACAGAGACAUCAGAAGGAAAGACUGGUGAAAAGAUGUAUCUUUGUAUAUUAAUAGCUGUAAUGUAGCUUCCUGAUGCUUGACUAAUUGAGGUGUUAAUUCUGACUUGAGAAUCUUUUUCAUGAAUGAUUUUAAAGAAAAAUUUGGAUUUUAAAGGUAUUAAAAUAUUUUUGUUUUGUACGAGAGUUUGUUGCUCUGUAUGACUCCUGUAUGCAUUGUAUAUUGCAAUUUAUUACUGUCAGAGAUUUGUAGACAGUUUCUUAUUUUCAUAUUGAAUCAUGUUACUUUUGUAAUUCAAGUAAGCAGCUGGGUUAAUUCAUGAUGUUUGCCCUUUUAAUAAAAUAUAAGGGUAGAGUUCAUUUUGAAUGCAAGUUGCCUUUAUUACAAAUUUGAGUUUGUCUUGGUUAUACCUUGCAUGAUAACCUAGCUAGAUUUCUAGCAUUUGCUGUAUUUAUUAAAAUUAUUUUUUUUGUAAAACAUUAAUAGUUUAAGCAGCAUCAUUUUUUUGAAAAAUGUAAUUGAAUAAGUGCGAAUGCAGAAGCAAAUAUUGUCUGCCCUGUUAAACUUAGUGCCCGUUAACAGUGUUUACACUGUUCAUCGUGCCUGUUAAUGUAGUUUUAGUUAUUGGAGCUUUUUUAAGACUAGAUUUGGUUUUGAGUUACAUUUUUAAGAAUGUUGGAAUACAUUUAAGUUUAAUGUAGUCCUAGUGCUCUUGAAAUGGUGCCCUUUUCAUUUGGUACAUGAUUUUGUUUCAAAUCAUAUCUUCAAGUACUAUAGUAUCCUCUUACAGAAGAGGAAUUUUAUAGUCUGAUGGUAAAUGUCUUCAUUUUACCUUUUUAAUUGAAACGUCAAGUUUCCUGUUAUACUAUGGAAACCAAGAAACAUCAGACAUUACGUGUAUAGACCUUUUACAUGGGUGAGUGAAUGAAAUGGAGAACAGAGUUGAGUGCUGUGAACGGUGUGAAGUAGAAGCUGCCAACUUCUAGCGUGUUGUCUUCAUCUUUGCAAUAAACUAAACUUAGAUAAUGUAACUUUGUAUAAUUUAGUAGUAUGUACUUGGAUUGUUUCUUUUUGAAAAGUGAGGAUUUGUAUUUUCUCAUCUAUUCUUUUUGGUGUUAAUUAACUUGAGGUUUUUUUUAAGUUUUAAUAUCAAAAAUUGCUAUUGUAUAGUUUGCCUAAAAGGAAGUUGGAGUGAAUAUCAUCUUUGAAGGACACUCAAAUUUAUAAGGUCGGAGCAAUUUCCCAGAUAUAGGCUGAAUAGAAACAUUUACUUUGCCAGAAGGACCGUUAGGAGUAUAUUUGGGCUAAUCAGAGGUUAAUAAUGCCCUCAUCUCCUACUGUCCAAAAUUUAAAAAGCAAUCUUCAUUAUAGUAAAUUCAAAUAGGAAAAAAUGGGGGAGUAGUUAAGCAAAAUCAACAAUCAUCCUACUAUGUUGAAAGAACCAAUGUUAAUAUUUUGAUAAAUAUCAUUUGUCCGUUUACUUUGCUAAAUAUGUAUAUUUUUAUAAAAGUGGGCUCAUAUUGUGCAUACCGUUUUGUAACCUGCUUUUUUCACUUAACAAUAUAUUGGGAACAUCUUUUCCAGGUCAUGCAUAGUCUUCUGCAUCAUUUUUAUUGGUUUAUUAUUCUGUUGUAUGACUCAAUCAUAAUUUAUUUAAUCUUCUAUUGGAUAUUUUGACUAUUUACAUCUUUUCACAGUUAUAAACAGCACUUCACUGAAUCUCAUGUACAUCCAUGACUAUUUUCUUAAAUUCUUAGAAUUGCUGGGUUACCAAAUAUGCAAACUUUUAAGGCUUUUGAUACUUCGUUAUGAGUGUGUUUUUGAGAUAUUUUCUACUUGAUCCAAGCAGUAUGUCACUAUAUAACUGGUAAAAGCACUUGGUCUUUGAUUA